AUGUAUCGGCAGGUCCGCGUUUCGUCGAAACACGUCGAUCUGCAACGAAUCGUUUGGCGUCCAGAUCCAUCUUCACCCGUGAGAGAUUACCGCAUGUUACGCGUAACGUAUGGGGUGGCCGCCGCGUCUCACUUAGCUGUCAAAGCGUUGCAACAAACUGCUAAGUGCUCAACUAAUGGCUGUAAGAAAGCGGUUGACGCAAUCCUCAAUGAUUUUUACAUGGAUGACCUGCUAACUGGCGCCUCUUGCAAGUCAGAACUCCGAUCGAAAUUCUUCAAGAACGCGGCUUCAAACUACGGAAUCGACGGUAAGGACGUUCAUUCGUUAGGCCUCACUUGGAACAUUGUGGACGAUUACUUUACAUUCGCAGUCGACCUAAAGAAGCCACCAACUAUUUUGACUAAGAGAGCCUUUUUGUCAGAUGCCAGUACUCUCUUUGAUCCGCUGGGCUUACUUGCUCCUGUAACAAUAUGCUCGAAAAUGUGGUUCCAAAACAUUUGGCGUGCUGAGGUUGGAUGGGAUGACUUGAUACCAGACACAAUCGCAAAUCUUUGGCUUGAUCAUCGCGAGCAGCUGCAGCAACUAGUAAACUUGAAGCGCGCUUACGCCGCAGUGAUGUACGCACGCACGGUUCAUAGCGACGGUCUGGUCACCGUAUCAAUAAUUUCGUCCAAAACCAAAGUGGCACCGAUAAAAACCACAUCUUUGCCGCACCUGGAACCGUGUGCUGUUCACCUCGCUGCUAAGUUAGUUAGAAGUGUGCUGUAUAGUUGGGGUGAUCUACGAUACCCGUUAUUUGCUUGGACGGACUCAACUAUUACGUUGGCGUGGUUGCAAGUACACCCUAGCAGAUGGGAAACGUUUGUCGCAAACCGUGUCGCUGAUAUCCACGAGAUUCUUCCUCCGGAAUGCUGGAAUCACGUACGGUCUGAAGGAAAUCCAGCAGAUUGCGCCUCAAGAGGUAUAACUCUGCUGAAACUUCUGCACCAUGAGCAAUGGUGGAACGGUCCAGAAUUUCUGAGUAGUUCAAACCAGUUUUGGAAGCAAGGCUUAACAAAAACGCACGUAACGGAAUUGGGUGUACGAAAGAAAGUUCAUGCUCAUGUCACCAACUCGGAUAUUCAUUGGUCGAUGACUAAAUACUAG